GCCGGCCGCUGCGGGUGACUGCACCGAGCCCGUGGAGUCGCCGCGCCCUGCAGCCGCCCCGUCCUGUCCCCCGUCUUGAGCCUGGCUGGGCCCCGCGGGGAUGGGGAGCCGCCGCCCGGGCCUGGGCCAGCCACGGGCCGGCCUCUGCCUGCUCCUGGCCGCGCUGCAACUUCUGCCUGGGACGCAGGCCGAGCUCGUGGAUGUGUUGAAGGUCCUGGGCGUGCGGGGGGGCCAGGCUGGGGUCCCCGAGGGGCCUGGCUUCUGUCCCCAGAGGGCUCCAGAGGGCGAUCGGGCAUUCAGGGUGGGCAAGGCCAGCGUUCUCAGCAUCCCCACGUGGGAGCUCUUUCCAGACGGGCACUUUCCCGAGAACUUCUCUGUGCUGAUCACUCUUCGGGGCCAACCAGCCAAUCAUUCUGUCCUGCUCUCCGUUUAUGACGACAAGGGUGCCAGGCAGCUGGGCCUGGCACUGGGGCCAGCUCUGAGCCUCCUAGGUGGCUCCUUUACUCCCCUCCCUCAGCAGGUCAACCUCACAGAUGGCAGGUGGCACCGUGUGGCAGUCAGCAUAGAUGGUGGGAUGGUGACCUUGGUGGCUGACUGUGACCCUCAGCCCCCUGUGUUGGGCCAGAGGCCACGAUUCAUCAGCACAGCUGGACUUACUGUAUUGGGGACCCAGGACCUUGAAGAGGAAACUUUCGAGGGAGAUAUUCAGGAGCUGCUGCUAAGCCCAGAUCCUGGGGCUGCCUUCCACGCGUGCGAGCGGUACCUCCCCGGCUGUGACAACCUGGACCUUGCAGCCACAGGCGGCCCCCAGGGUGAGCCAGAAACCCCUCCUCCUCGGCGCAAGGGAAAAGGAAAAGGGAAGAAAAAAGGACGAGGUCGCAAGGGCAAGGGCAAGGGCAGGAAGAAGAACAAGGGAACUUUGACCCCGAGCCCACCUCCUGGCUCCCUGGAGAACCAGACCUCCACUGACACCCCAAAGACAGAGACACCAGCUCCAAAUCUGCCUCUGACCCCCACGCCUUUGGUCAUCGCCUCCACUGUGACUGCUGGCCACAACGUCACCAUCCUAGAGGACGACCUGGACCCAGACAACGGACCCGAGCUGGGGACCCCGGAGACUGAAGCAGCCAGGGAGGAUGAAGAAGGAGAUGACUCCACCAUGGGCCCCGACUUCCGGGCAGCAGAACAGCCGUCUCGGACUCACUUCCAGUUCUUUCCUGGCGCUGGAGAGAAGGGAGCGAAGGGAGAACCCGCGGUGAUUGAACAGGGACAGCAGUUUGAGGGACCUCCAGGAGCCGCGGGACCCCAAGGAGUGGUCGGCCCCUCAGGCCCUCCUGGCCCCCCAGGUUUCCCUGGGGACCCUGGUCCACGGGGCCCUGCCGGGCUGCCAGGAAUCCCUGGCAUUGACGGGGUCCGGGGCCCGCCAGGCACUGUGAUCAUGAUGCCGUUCCAGUUUGCAAGCAGCUCCCACAAAGGACCCCCAGUGUCCUUCCAGCAGGCUCAGGCACAGGCAGUGCUGCAGCAAGCUCAGCUGUCCAUGAAAGGCCCCCCUGGCCCAGUGGGGCUCACUGGGCGCCCGGGCCCCGUGGGUCUCCCUGGGCAUCCAGGUCUGAAAGGAGAGGCGGGGGCGAUGGGGCCGCAGGGUCCCCGAGGCCUGCAGGGACCUCAUGGGCCCCCUGGUCAAGUGGGCAAGAUGGGCCGCUCUGGAGCAGAUGGGGCUCGGGGCCUCCCAGGGGAUACAGGACCUAAGGGUGAUCGGGGCUUUGACGGCCUUCCAGGGCUGCCUGGUGAGAAGGGCCAAAGGGGUGAUUUUGGACAUGUGGGGCAACCUGGUCCCCCCGGAGAAGAUGGUGAGAGGGGCGCAGAGGGACCUCCAGGGCCCACUGGCCAGGCUGGGGAGCCGGGCCCCCGAGGACUGAUUGGCCCCAGAGGCUCUCCUGGCCCCCCGGGGCGCCCGGGUGUCGUUGGAAGUGACGGUGCUCCAGGGGCCAAAGGCAAUGUGGGUCCUCCGGGAGAAACAGGCCCUCCGGGACAGCAGGGAAACCAUGGGUCCCAGGGACUCCCCGGCCCCCAGGGACCCAUUGGCACUCCUGGGGAGAAGGGUCCCCCUGGAAACCCAGGAAUUCCAGGCAUCCCAGGAGCCGAUGGCCCUCCGGGCCACCCAGGCCAUGAGGGACCCACGGGAGAGAAAGGUGCCCAGGGUCCACCAGGGUCGGCAGGCCCUCCGGGCUAUCCUGGACCUCGGGGUGUGAAGGGCACCUCAGGCAACCGGGGCCUCCAGGGGGAGAAAGGCGAGAAGGGAGAGGAUGGCUUUCCUGGCUUCAAAGGUGAUGCGGGUCUCAAAGGCGAUCGGGGGCAACCUGGACCCCCAGGUCCUCGGGGUGAGGAUGGCCCCGAGGGGCUGAAGGGGCAGGAGGGGCUGGUUGGCAAAGAGGGGUCUCCAGGCUCAGCUGGGGAGAAGGGCAAGCUUGGAGUGCCGGGUCUCCCAGGUUACCCCGGACGUCCAGGACCUAAGGGAUCUACUGGAUUUCCCGGGCCCCUUGGACCAAUAGGAGAGAAAGGGAAGCGAGGGAAGGCAGGACAGCCAGGGCUGGAAGGAGAGCGAGGGCCACCGGGCUCCCGUGGAGAGAGGGGACAACCAGGUGCCACAGGGCAACCAGGCCCCAAGGGUGACGUGGGCCAGGACGGGCCCUCUGGGGUCCCUGGAGAAAAGGGCCUCCCUGGUCUGCAAGGCCCUCCAGGAUUCCCUGGGCCAAAGGGCCCCCCUGGUCACCAGGGGAAAGACGGGCGACCGGGGCACCCUGGACAGAGAGGAGAAUUGGGCUUCCAAGGUCAGACAGGCCCACCCGGACCAGCUGGCGUCCUGGGUCCUCAGGGAAAGACAGGAGAAGUGGGGCCUCUCGGGGAAAGGGGCCCCCCAGGGCCCCCUGGGCCUCCUGGUGAACAAGGUCUUCCAGGUCUGGAAGGCAGAGAGGGGGCCAAGGGGGAACUGGGCCCGCCAGGACCUGCCGGGAAGGAAGGGCCAGAUGGACCCAGGGGCUUCCCUGGCCCCCAGGGACCCCCCGGGGAUACAGGACCUACUGGUUUGAAGGGUGACAAGGGCCCACCAGGGCCCGUUGGGGCCAAUGGUUCCCCUGGUGAGCGGGGUCCCGUGGGCCCAGCUGGAGGCAUUGGACUUCCUGGCCAGAGUGGCGGCCAAGGCCCUGUUGGCCCUGCAGGCGAGAAGGGGUCCCCGGGAGAACGCGGUUCCCCUGGCCCUACUGGCAAAGAUGGGGUCCCAGGGCCCCUGGGUCCUCUGGGACCCCCUGGAGCUGCCGGGCCUUCUGGCGAGGAUGGGGACAAGGGGGAGGUUGGACCUCCCGGUCACAAGGGGAGCAAAGGCGACAAGGGAGAUGCGGGCCCCCCUGGACCAACAGGGACACGGGGUCCUGUGGGACACCCCGGCCCCCCGGGGGCAGAUGGAGCUCAGGGACGCCGGGGACCCCCAGGCCUCUUUGGACAGAAAGGAGAUGAUGGAGUCAGAGGCUUCGUGGGGGUGAUUGGCCCCCCUGGCUUGCAGGGGCUACCAGGCCCUCCCGGAGAGAAGGGUGAGGUUGGAGACGUCGGGUCCAUGGGUCCCCAUGGAGCUCCAGGUCCUCGGGGUCCCCAUGGCCCCAGCGGAUCAGAGGGCCCUCCAGGGCUGCCGGGAGGAGUCGGUCAACCAGGCGCCGUGGGUGAGAAGGGUGAACCGGGGGAGCCUGGAGACCCAGGACCUCCAGGAACCCCAGGCAUCCUGGGGCCCAAAGGAGAAGUUGGUGAAAAGGGGGACACAGGCCCAUCUGGGGCUGCCGGACCCCCGGGCAAGAAAGGUCCCCCUGGUGAGGAUGGCGCCAAAGGGAACAUGGGCCCCACAGGACUCCCCGGAGACCUGGGGCCUCCAGGAGACCCUGGAGUUUCGGGUAUAGAUGGCUCCCCUGGGGAGAAAGGAGACCCUGGUGAUGUUGGGGCACCAGGUCCACCUGGUGCUUCUGGGGAACCCGGCGCCCCUGGGCCCCCUGGCAAGAGGGGUCCUUCGGGCCGCGAGGGCCGGGAAGGCAGAGAAGGGGAGAAAGGUGCCAAGGGGGAGCCAGGUCCUGACGGGCCCCCAGGAAUGACGGGCCCUGUAGGGGCUCGAGGGCCCCCUGGACGUGUGGGACCUGAGGGUCUUCUAGGGAUCCCGGGCCCUGUGGGUGAACCAGGCCUCCUGGGAGCCCCUGGGCAGAUGGGUCCCCCCGGCCCUCUGGGGCCCUCUGGCCUCCCAGGGCUGAAAGGAGAUGCCGGCCUCAAGGGGGAGAAGGGUCACAUCGGAUUAAUCGGUCUCAUCGGCCCCCCUGGGGAGGCUGGUGAGAAAGGGGAUCAGGGUUUGCCUGGUGUUCAGGGCCCUCCUGGCCCCAAAGGAGAACCUGGUCCUCCUGGUCCCAUUGGCUCUCUGGGCCACCCUGGGCCCCCAGGUGUGGCGGGUCCCCUGGGACCAAAAGGCUCAAAGGGGUCUCCGGGAUCCCUUGGUCCCCGUGGAGACACUGGACCCCCAGGCCCCCCAGGCCCCCCGGGUCCCCCUGCGGAGCUGCACGGACUGCGCAGGCGCCGACGCUCCAUCCCAGUCCUGGAGGGCGGCCUGGAGGAGGUGCUGGCCUCGCUCACGUCGCUGAGCUUGGAGCUGGACCAGAUGCGGCGCCCUCCGGGCACAGCCGAGCGCCCAGGCCUUGUGUGCCACGAGUUGCACCGCAACCACCCGCACCUGCCUGAUGGGGAAUACUGGAUCGACCCCAACCAGGGCUGUGCGCGGGAUGCGCUCAGGGUUUUCUGCAACUUCACUGCGGGAGGAGAGACCUGCCUCUAUCCCGACAAGAAGUUCGAGAUCGUGAAACUUGCCUCCUGGUCUAAAGAAAAGCCUGGCGGCUGGUAUAGCACAUUCCGACGAGGGAAGAAGUUCUCCUAUGUGGAUGCCGACGGGUCCCCGGUGAAUGUGGUACAACUGACCUUCCUGAAGUUGCUGAGCGCCACGGCCCGCCAGCGCUUCACCUACUCCUGCCAGAACUCGGCCGCCUGGCUGGAUGAAGCCGCGGGUGACCACGGCCGCUCCCUCCGCUUCCUGGGUACCAACGGGGAGGAGGUCUCCUUCAACCAGACAGCAGCGGCCACCAUCAGUGUCCCUCACGAUGGCUGCCGGCUCCGGAAGGGACAGGCGAAGACCCUCUUGGAAUUCAGCUCUUCUCGAGUGGGCUUUCUGCCCCUGUGGGAUGUGGCGGCCGCUGACUUUGGCCAGACGAACCAGAAGUUUGGGUUUGAACUGGGCCCUGUCUGCUUUAGCAGCUGAGAGUCUCCGGGGUGGGGGGGGACAGUGAAGGAGCCCCCCAAGAAGGGGCACAUUUGGUGCUGAGGCUUUGAAGCCACCAUAUUUAUCAUUUCCUGUGACUCUGAAGACAGGGGAUGUGACUCUGCUCACCGAGGUCAAACAGUGUUACUUCUCCCUUCCAGGGGGCUGGGGGCUGGGGGCUGGGCUCCCUUGGACAGAGGGUCCCGCCUCCUCCCACUCCACUCCAAGUGGCAUACUGCAGUCUGGCUCUAUCUCCCCUCCAUCCCCUCAACAACCCUCGACUUUCCACCCCUGGACUCCCAGGCAAUGAGCUGAUGGAUGAACGCCCCCCCAACACCUGCCUCCCACUCCUCAGUCACUGCCCCCACCCCACCCUUUGGUGCUACCCUUCCCCAGAGUUAAGCACUGGAUGUCCGCUGACCCCAGGCUGGGACCCCUUCACUCCUUGCUACUUCCAGGUGGGUUCACGGUGAAGGGACUAAUGUCAGAUGACAGAGGGAAGUGGGACUUCCCUUGACUGAGCUGUGUGUUCGUUCUGCUGCCUCGGCCCAGCUCUGCGUACUUUCCACCCCCACCCCCCAUUGCUCCAAGCUCACCUUGCCAUGCCAGGUGGUUUGGGGACCAAGACGCUGGGGGUGUAUCAGGAUCCUAAUGGUGCUGCCUGCCCUAUUUAUACUUGGGUCUGUCUUAAAAGGGAAAAAUCCCCUCUGUUGUAUAUUUAAUCUGCUUCUUCCUUAGGGAAGGCUGGGAUAGGAUGAGGGAGAUUCCAGCAAAACCCUUCCCCCCCACCCACACCCCUCCCCCAGGCCAUAGGGCAAAAUUGGCAUCUCAAGUCUGAGAAUAAACCAAUGAACUGUG